UUAUACAUGUGUUUAUACUGUAUACUAAAAUUGUAAAAAUUAUUUAACAAAAGUUUACAAAAAUGUCCAAAAUAAUUAGAAAGGGGAAUAAAAUGAAAACAAUGAAGAAAGUAGAACAUUCUUCACCUUUAAGGGUAACUAUCCCUGCAGGAAUGGCAAAUCCUAAACCACCAUUAGGAUCACAACUUGGACAGAGAAAUAUUAAUGUAGCAAAUUUCUGUAAAGAUUUUAACCAAAAAACAGAAGAUAUUAAAAAGGGCAUACCUUUACCAUGUCGUGUCAAAGUAAAAUCAGAUGGAACUUAUAAUUUAGUAAUUCAUAAACCACCAGCAACUUUUUUUUUAAAACAAGCAGCUGGGAUUGACAAAGGAAAAAUAAUGAAAGGGGAAAUAGCAGGAAAAAUAACAUUUAAACAUUUAUAUGAAAUUGCUUGUAUUAAAGCAGAAGAUCCGCCAUUAGCAUUGUUAAGUCUAGAACAGAUUUGUCAAAUGCUUGUUGGUAUAGCUCGAACUUGUGGAAUUCAAAUUGUACGAACAUUAGAUCCAGUAGAACAUGAAGAAUUUAUGAAGCAACGAAGAGAAAAUGUACAAAAAUUCUUGGAUGAACUAAAGGAAGUCAAAACCUCUAAACUGCUUAGAACUUAAAAGUAUUAUAUUAAAAAUGUUUAUAGUACAUAAUUACGU